CGAUUCUAUCUCGUUUCCCUCUUGUUCAACUCUCUGACAUCACCCUUUUUACGAAGAGAACUACAGAAGCCUACAGCCAUGUCUGUGCUAGAGAUAAAGGAGAACGGGACUCCUCCGUCAACGACAUCCGAUCCAGAACCCCUAACCAAACCAGAAACACCAACGAAACCCCAAUCCCCAACCAAAGAAGCAGCAUUCAUAGCAGUCGUCUGUGCUGCCCAAUUAAUGACCCAAGCCGGUCUCUCCCUAUCGAUAGCCCCGCUCCACUACAUCGGCAAAAGCUUCAACACAACACCCCGAGAUCUGACCUGGGCCUCAGCAGCCUACAGUCUAACAGUGGGAACAUUCAUCCUUGUGUCUGGCAGACUAGGCGACACAUACGGACACAGGCUCAUCUUCAUCAUUGGAUUUACCUGGUUCGGGGUAUGGUCUCUUCUCGGCGGGUUUGCCGUAUGGUCCAAUCAAAUUUUCUUCGAUUGUUGUCGUGCCUUUCAGGGGAUUGGUCCUGCGUUGCUUUUGCCUAAUGCCGUUGCCAUCUUUGGAAGGACUUAUCCGCCGGGAUUGAAGAAAGAUAUGGUCUUUUGUCUUUUUGGUGCUACUGCUCCUGGUGGAUUCACGCUUGGUGCUACCUUUUGUUCGCUGCUUGCUCAGCGUGUUUGGUGGCCGUGGGGGUACUGGAUUAUGGGGAUUGCUUGUUUCUUUUUUGCUGUGCUGGGAUUUGUUCUCAUUCCUCAUGAUGAGAUCAAAGAGUCUGAGAAGACCGAGGGCUCAACCUUCGCUCGGUUGGACGGGCUUGGGGCUGUAACUGGUGUGAGCGGUCUUGUCUUGAUCAAUUUCGCGUGGAACCAAGGUCCAGUAGCUGGGUGGACAGUGCCAUAUACCUAUGCUCUGCUGAUUGUGGGAAUAUUAUUCCUGGUAGUAUUCACGAUUGUCGAGAGAAGAGCUCCUUAUCCACUUCUGCCGAGCUCAGUAUUCAAGGGCGAGGUUGGCUGGGUACUCGGCUGCAUUGCGGCGGGAUGGUCGAGCUUCGGUGUCUUGGUCUUUUACUACUACAACUUCCUCGAGAACAUCGAGCAUAACAGUGGACUUUUGGUUACGGCAAAGUGGGCGGGAGCAUCUGCUUCUGGUGCAACAGCGGCAGUUAUCACUGGUCUUCUUUUGAGCCGAGUACCACCAAGUUUCAUUAUGCUUGCUGCAAUGCUAGCAUUCACGAUAGGCUUGUCCCUGUUAGCUACUAUACCGCCUGGUCAGACCUAUUGGGCCAAUGCAUUCUUGAUCAUGUUGGUCACUCCUUGGGGGAUGGACAUGUCGUUCCCCUCUGGGACAUUGAUUCUCAGUAAUUCUAUGCCUCGAGAGCAUCAGGGUGUGGCAGGCUCGCUGGUGAACACAGUUGUUAACUAUUCUAUAGCCCUCGGCCUUGGAUUCGCGGGCACAGUCGAGAGAUACGUAGACCCUGACGGCUCGGAUACCCUCAAGGGAUAUCGGGGAGCUUCUUACAUGGGAGUGGGGCUAGCAGGAUUGGGUUCAAUCAUUGCGAUUCUUUUCACAAUUGUGACUUGGCUGAAGUCUAGAAAGGUUGUCGAGUGA